CUUCAAUCUCCCGCCCUCGGCCGAUCGCUGGUGCCAUAACCGCUUGCAUUCGCUUUCCACCUCCGCCGCUUUCAGCACAACGAUGAAUCAGCUGGUGGCUCGCUGCCGGAUACCGAUCGCGCUGCGUUUCCGGCAGUGCGCUUCUCCCAUCGUUGAACGCUCUGCCUCGGCUGCGUGCUGUCCAUGGACUGCCGAUCUCUUGACGAUCCAGGGCACUCGGUCCAUCGCCUCGACGUCUGCAUGUCUCGUACAGCGAGGCCGCACGAGAGGAAAGCUUGCUUCCAAGGCCAUCGCCAAGAGGCCCAGCCCACCGUUCCUGUCCAUUCCUGCGGUCGACGACGACGACGACCCUCACAGCGCCAUCUCCACCCAGUCUGUCCACGCCCGGUUCAGGCAGAUUGCCCAAAAUCUCGAGCUCGAAAGCCACGACACUCUCGGGCUCGACAACCUUCUGUUUGCCCUCACGGCCGUUCGCCAGCGCUGCCUGCUUUCGGAACAAAAUGUCGAGCGGCUCUAUCGGCACCUCCUCGCGAUUCCGUCGACACAGCUUGUCCUGACCGCCGAGCAUUUCAACCUGCUGCUGGAACAUCUGACGGCUGCAUACACGGGCGAGCCGUACUCGGAUGAUCCGCUGCCGGUCUCGGUGCAGACACUUGUGCAGCGCCUGGCCAGUGACAUGGAGACACUUGGACUGCGUCCCGACGCCGCAACGGUCUCGGCCUUGAUCCUCGUCAACCGCCAUGAUGCCGACGCCGUCAUCCGCUAUUUCCACCUGUCCAAGCAUCAAAAGCUCGGCCUCACCCCGGAUGCCUACGCGUACAUCUACCGCUCCGUCAUGCGGAGCUCUGACUUUCACCACGGCAAGAACAUCCUCUGGAACAUCUACGGCGCCAUGAACGCCAAUAAGGUGCAGCCCAAUCUCGAGAUCUACAAGAACCUGCUGCUGUACUUUGUCGAGGCCGAGGACAGCGUUGCGACCCGCAAGGUCAUCAACUCCCUGCGCAAGUCGGAGGUGCGGUGGGACUCGGACCUUGCCGAGCUGCUGGUCAAGUCUGCGACGCUGCUGAACUCGGAGAGCGACAUGCAGUGGGUUUCUGCCGUCGUCACCAAGGCCAGGAUUCGAUACAACCGCCACCUUCUCAACGCCUAUCUUGAGUUCUACGCUCUCCACGAACGGCACACUCUCGUGCUCCAGACCUUCAAGCUAUUCCAGCGGUUCUCGAUCGAGGCCGACCACGAGUCCUAUCAAUAUGUCCUGCACGCCUGUGCGGCUCUUGGCAUGCGUGAAACACUCGAGAGCCUGAUCGGCUCGAGGAUCGAGUCGCAGCUGGAGCGACUACUACGCACCACCAGGCAUAUCGACGGCUCGACUCUGACCGAAGCCGCCUCACCGGCGAUCGAUUCCGCUGCUCCAGUGACUUCAGGUCCCUCACGCCCAGUAUCUGUCGAGACCUAUGGCCUGUUUGUCAAGUCACUUGUGGUCUGCGAGAGCUCCGCUGAGACUGUGCUGGCUGCUUUUGACAAGCUGGUGGGCUUUGGCCGUCAGCUUGCAGCAGGAGAUGCCCGCCCUUCGGAUGAAUCAGCAGAUCCGCACCAUGCUGAAAAGCUUGCUUUUGUUCCGGCUCUUUCGGUAUACCAAAGCGUGUGCACGGCCCUGGGACGACACGGCAACCAAGCACUAGUGGUGUCGUUCUUCGAAGCACAGGUUUUGCAGCCCGACAAGCUGGAUGCACUUGAUCAAGCGGUCGAGCAAGCCCAGAGCCAGCUGGAUCACGGAUCCAAGGGUGAAGACGAGGCGGAUAAGGACGAAACGGAUGAAGACGAGGUGUCGGACGAAGGAGGGCCGCUGUUUGUGCUCUACGACAAGUUGAUCAACAGCUGGAUCGAUGCGGGACACGCCGAGCCGGAGCUUGUUGCGAUGCUCACGGUGCUGCGACAGCGCGAAGCCGAUAUCCGAGCCCGGCAACGACCGCAAGCUGAUGUCAGCGCCGACAACGACGCCGACGCCAAUGCCAAUGCCAAUGCCGAAUCCCGAGGGCCCGUGGGAACCAUCACCGCGUAACAGUCACAGUGACGAUGUCGCUCGCAUCAGUUUGCCCGAGUUGAGCGAGCCCGUGGCAGGCGAAGCAACAUGCAGUGUACAUGAGAAUAUAGUCCAAGCCGGAUGCUGCUGCAUCGGGCAUUCGAA